AUGUCCGCACCAGUCCUUGUGAUGAAUACCAACAUGGAACGAGAAUCCGGCCGCAAGGCGCAGAUCUCAAACAUUACUGCUGCCAAGACCGUUUCUGAUAUCAUUCGCUCCAGUCUUGGUCCACGUGCCAUGUUAAAGAUGUUGUUGGAUCCUAUGGGUGGUAUCUUGUUGACAAACGACGGCAACGCUAUUCUGCGUGAGAUUGAAGUGAGCCAUCCUGCAGCCAAGAGCAUGAUCGAGCUCUCGAGAACACAAGAUGAAGAGGUUGGUGAUGGUACUACCAGUGUCAUUGUUCUCGCCGGUGAAAUGCUUGCUCAAGCCCUCCCUCACAUUCAAAACAACAUCCAUCCUAUCAUCAUCAUCAGUGCAUUCAAGAAGGCUCUCGAAGAUGCUUUGCAAAUCGUUGAAGAAAUCUCUGUUCCUGUCGAUGUCAACAGUGACGAAGAAAUGCUCUCCUUGAUCAAGUCAUCCAUUGGUACCAAGUUUGUCAGCCAGUGGAGCGAUUUGAUGUGCAAGCUUGCUUUGGAUUCCGUUCGCACAGUUGCCAUGGUUGAGGAAAGCACUGGUCGCCGUGAAGUGGAUCUUAAGCGUUAUGCUCGUGUUGAAAAGAUUCCCGGUGGUGAAAUUGAAGAAUCACGUGUGCUUGAUGGUGUUAUCCUCAACAAGGAUGUUACCCACCCCAAGAUGCGCCGUCGCAUUGAGAACCCUCGUGUCGUUUUACUUGAUUGCCCUCUCGAAUACAAGAAGGGUGAAUCGCAGACCAACAUUGAGAUUACCAAGGAAGCCGACUGGAACAGGAUAUUGGAGAUUGAGGAAGAACAAGUCAAGGCUAUGUGCGACAAAAUCAUUGAACUUAAGCCUGAUCUUGUCUUCACCGAGAAGGGUGUCUCUGACUUGGCUCAACACUACUUUGUGAAGGCUAACAUCACAGCCAUUCGCCGUGUACGCAAGACUGACAACAACCGUAUUGCUCGUGCUGUUGGUGCUACCAUUGUUAACCGAGUGGAUGAUCUUAAGGACUCUGAUGUCGGCACCAAGUGUGGUCUCUUCAACAUUGAAAAGAUUGGUGAUGAGUACUUCACCUUCUUGACCAAGUGUGAGGAUCCCAAGGCAUGCUCCAUCAUCUUGCGUGGUCCUAGCAAAGAUAUCAUUGCCGAAGUUGAACGUAAUCUCCAAGAUGCUAUGUGCGUUGCCCGUAACGUGUUCUUCAAUGCUAAGCUUGCCCCUGGUGGUGGCGCCACUGAGAUGGCUGUGUCUGUCAAGUUGGAAGAGAAGGCCAAGUUGUUGGAAGGCGUUGAGCAAUGGCCAUACCGAUCUGCUGCAGAGGCUAUGGAAGUUAUUCCCCGGACACUUGUUCAAAAUUGUGGUGGCAAUGCUAUCAAGAUCCUCACUCAGCUGCGAGCCAAGCACGCAAACGGUGAACACAGCUUUGGUAUCGAUGGUGAAUCUGGCAAGGUGGUUGAUAUGAAGGAUUAUGGUAUCUGGGAGCCAACUGCUGUUAAGCUUCAAACGAUUAAGACUGCUAUUGAGUCGGCAUGCUUGUUGUUGCGUGUGGAUGAUAUCGUCUCUGGUCUUUCAAAGAACAAGGGUCCACAAGGCGGUGGUAUGAGUGCGGAGGCUGCUCAGGAAAUGGCAGAGCAACAGCAAUAA